CUGAGCAGACGUAGUUAGACACGGUUGUUCCGGCGAACGGAAAAUAUAUUUUUGCUGUGGUGUUUUUGCCGUUGGUCACUUUGUAGGCGUAUUUUGUGAAAGUUGCGUGUGAGUUUUCGAAAUUCGAAAAUUUAAACGUAAAAGUUGAAUUGCAACAAAACGGUUUCACGCAAAUUAACGGUUGUGCGGCAGCUGAGGUGAUUUCAGAAGUCAUUUUAAAUUGUGCUUAAAAGGUGUGCAAAAGCUUUUUUCAUCUAUGAAAAUGAACAUGGAAAAUUUAGAUAUAAAAUAAAUAAAAUUGCACUGCCCUGUUGCAAUUCCUGUUCCUGUCCCCGGUGUUGCACGUGGAUUGCAAAAUUGAUUAAACAAAAAAUCUAGCACACAGGUUGCCUUGGUGCUUUAAUGCAAAAAUUUGCAUACGACUACAUUCCCAGUUAGCUGUUACACUUUCGCAAUCAAAAUAAACCAUAAAUUACAGUGAAACAGUUGCGCGGGGUAUUUAAGCGAAAGUAAACAAAGUCGUUAAGCCGAAAACUUUGGCGAAAAAAGUCGUAAUAUAUUGUAAAAAAAUGGUGUUGGGUGCUGUUAGUAGUUUAAAUAUUUAAAACUUAGUUCACAAAUAACUUUAAACGGCAGGAUAUAGUAUUUCAGGAAACAGAAAAAAUUAAAAAAGAAAAAGUUUACUAAAACAUACACCCACCUCAAUCAUCUAAAUUAAUAAAGUUCGCGCUAGAAAUAAAACACCAAAAAGUUUUUUGUAUUCAAAAAUAUUAAAAUUGUGGUAGUGGAAGUUCAAAAUUAAAAUCACAUAUUCGCAGUGCAGCCAACAAAAACCGCAGUUAUUACCGCAGCGCAGCGCAGCAAAACAAAAAGCAGCUACGAAAACUACAACAACAUAAACGAUAGCAACAACCAGAACUGGGCACAAAUACAGCUACAGGCAGCAACGCAUUUAUACCAACGACCACAGCCAUAACUUUCCAACAGCAUCCAACAAAAACAACAACAAUAGAAAGGCAACAUUAAAAGAAAUCCCUAAAGGCACACGAAAAUGGGCUGCAAUACCAGUCAGGAGCUGAAGACAAAAGAUGGCCACGCUGGCGACGCUAACGGUGGCGAGGGUGAGCUCGUCGUCAACACCGCAACCACCAAUGGUGAUGUUGCCGUAAAUGCUGGCAGCGAGCAGAAUGGCAAUUUGUUGGAGCAGCAAAAGGCCGGCAGUGGCAGUGGCAGUGGUGGGCGUGGAGGUGGUGGUGUUAGUGGUGGCGAUAACACACAAACUAGAUUGACAGCAUCCGCAGCUUCUGGCGUAUCUGCCGUCUCAGCCUCAUCCGCAGUUUCGGCUGCCUCGGCUGCGUCUGCGGCUACGGCGACGUCAAGCAAUCCCACAAAUCACUCGAAAUCAAAUUCAAUUAUAAGUAACGGUGAUGCUAACAAGCGCUCCUCGAGAGAUGAGGGUGACGGUGGUAUACUCGAGAAAGCGUUAGCAACUGUGAAGAAGCAGCAGCAGCAACAGCAAUGCGAUAAGGCGGAAAUAGUCGAGUUCAACGAUAUGGGCGAAUUGGGUGAAAUGGGCGAAGAUGAAGCCAAAGCCGCCACUAAAAUCCAAGCCGUUUUUCGAGGACACAAAGUACGAAACACCAUGAAGAAGAGCGAAACUAAACCAACACCCACCGCUAGCGCCAUCGCUAAUAGCAAAAAUGCAGCAGCUUCGGCGGCAGCCGCAGCAGAAGCAGAAGCGGCGGAGCCAACCAAAGCUGAAUUAGAGGCUGAAUUCGAUCCCAAUGACAAAGAACUGUGCGACGCAGCUGCGAAAAUCCAGGCAGCCUUCCGUGGCCACUUGACACGCAAAGUCGUUACCAAAGAAACGCCUGACGAUGUUGACAUACAGGAGAUCACCAAGAAGGUGGCUGAGGAACUGGAUAUCGAUCUAAGUGAUCCGGAAUUGCAUAAGGCGGCCACUAAAAUUCAAGCCUCCUUCCGAGGUCACAAAAUUCGCAAGGAUAUUGGAACUGAAUAAGAGAAUUUUUCGCCUACUUUCUCAUCAUAAAAACAACAAUGUUGAUGAAGUAUAACAACUAAAUACAAAAGAAAAACUUAAAAUAAAAGAUAAAGCAAAUAUAAAGCAGGAGUAGAAAAUAAAAGUGUAAACAUCAUGAAUAAAAAAAAUAUAUAUAAAAAUUGUAACAAUGCAAAAUCGCGCCAUUUGUGCAAACAAAUAUUUGAAAUUAAAAAAAGGUAUACCAAGAUUGCCCUACACACAAACAUACAUACUUACAUACACCGAGAGAAACGAGCAGCGGUCAUUAAAAAGAAAAACUUUUAAAUAGCUGAAAAUAAUAACAGAAAAUUGUUGAAAAAAAUCUAAUAGAAAAUGUGAAAUGUUAAAGAAAUAUUGAAAAAAAUUAAAUAAAGCUUGUAACUUUUAUUGAAACUAAAGAGAAGUACACAAAUUUGUGCGCAGUGUUGCAUAUUUUGCUAAAUUAAAUUAAUAUGAAAAUCUGAAGCUUUUUAAUAUCAAAUAUUUAUCAGAAUAAAAUAAAUAGAAAAAAUUUAUUUAUUUAAGCACAUUAUUUUAGAGCACACCGGUCGGCGGGAGAAGGGUUUCAUAAUACGUUCUUUGAGCUUUAUGAUAGGUAACUGAGAAAAAAGUAUACAUAUGUAUGUUUAUUGAAUUACUUAGUUAUCAAUACAAAUUGU